CUCCGCCUUUCUGCCCGUCCUGUGCUGCAGUCCGGGAGAAAGGAGGCCUUGUUGUGGGCUGCACCAUUGACAUUAUACUGCAGGUCACGCCAGGACAGAGGAGCAACAGGCUGCCAGUGAGAGAUUGAAUCCAGAAUUCACAAUGGCAGACAGCGGGAAGACUAAUGAGACUGGAGCUACGGCAGCAGAACCAUAUAAUGGAGACCAGCAGAAUGUUGUUUCCCGAGUGAGCAAUUUGCCUCUGGUCAGUUCAGCUUGCGAAGUUGUUUCCAACGCCUACAGUAGCACCAAAGACAGCGUGCCCUUGCUGAAGGGAGUGAUGGAUGCAGCAGAGAGCGGGGUCCGAACCCUGGGAGCAGCAGCCACAACGGGGUCCAAGCCUCUUCUGGACAUUAUUGAACCACAGAUUGCUACAGUGAAUGAGUACGCCUUGAAAGGACUCGAGAAGAUGGAAGAGAAGCUGCCUAUUCUUCAGCAGCCAGCAGACAAGCUGGUGUCGGACACAGUAGGUAUGGUGUACCAGUCGGUGGCAGGGGCCAAAGAUGCUGUGGUGGGGGCUGCGAUGGGCGGUGUCGAGAUGACCUGGGCAGCGAUCAGCGGAGGUCUCAUGACCGCCAUGGGCACCAGGAUGGGCCAGAUGGUCAGCACUGGGAUGGGCCUGGCCCUGAGCCGAUCCGAGGACUGGGUUGACCAGAACCUACCACUCGCUGAGAGGGAACUGGCUGCUGUGGCUGAACCUGCCACCAGUGAGGUGACUACCACAUCGACCAGCCCCAGCUACUUUGUCCGCUUGGGGAAACUCUCUGCCAAAGUACAGGAGCGAGCCCUAGAGCUUUCCCUAGGCCGUGCACGGCACGCCCGGGAUGCCACCUAUACUACAGUGGGUCAGAUUACCAGUACUCUGGACCUGCUAGAGAGUGCACGUACCAGUCUGGGAACCGCCAGUAACCAGAUAGGAGGAGCCUCAGAGCAGCUGCUGCAGCGCUGGACAGAGUGGACGCAGAAGCAGGCUGGAGCUGGACAGACCGAGUCAGAGCCAGAUGGGACCAGAGAUGAGGCUGAGCAGCUGGAAUGGCGGGUCCUCUCCAUGGUGCGUGGUCUGAGUGACCAGCUGAGGUCAACAUGCUCCAAUGUGGUGUCAAGUGCUCAGGGUCUGCCAGGUGCAGUCCAGGACCAGCUUACCAGGGCAAGGCAAUCCGCUGAAGAAUUACACUCGUCUCUGGGGAACACGAGCAACAUCACACCCCUCCUUCUGGAGCGGAGCCGUCACAACCUGAUCCAAGUUAAACAGUCUCUGGAUGGUGUCAUGGAGUAUCUACUAAACAACACACCACUCAACUGGCUGGUGGGACCUUUUGCCCCUCAGAGGUCUGAGAAGGCAGAGGGAGAUUUGGAAAUGGAGCUGCGCGGACCACACUAAUAAACUAAUAAAGAAGACUUUGUUGUGUUUCUCCAUGAGUUAAUCAAUGUGGUGACCGAAGUCUGGUAGAUGGAACAUUAAAAAAAAAAAAAUGUAUACAUAAAUAUAUCUUCUUGCUUUCAUGAAAGAGGCCUUAAAGUCAUGUUGUCUGAAUGACGCACAAAAUGUGUUAUUAGGUAAAGACACUACACUUGUAUGUACGUAAAGGUUAAUCUAAUUCAAUCAUGACCGAAAGCUCUGAGCUGUGGCCAUAGAGAAUUUACUCAAUUGUACACUUUAUUAAGUAUCUUUAUUUACUAAUAGAUAUUGUUUAUGUAGUUUUAUAUAUGUUGAAGAUCAAUCUAUGUAUGUGGCCAUACUGGUGUUUGAAAGACUUUAGUUGGUGCCUAAAAAGUAUUCAAAGCAUUUCUAGUUGCCUGUCAACACAGAUUCCAUUUCAAGGCUCUAAAUGUGCUUUGUGAGAAUAGAACAGGCAUAAGCAUGCACCUUUUAAUGAGGUGUAAAGUUCAUAGUGUAUUCAUUUGUUUUUAGAUGUGCAGUUUUCAUUUCAGUAUUUUUGUGUCUGAACCUUGAUGGGUUUUUGGAAUCAACUACAACAACUGUCAAUGAGCUGAACAUGUCAAUAACAUUUUGAAACCGCACAGUAUUAGUGUCAUGCUUUAACACACUAAUAAAAGCUUUAUUUCUGA